CAGAGGGCUUUUAUUUUUCGGUUUCGCAGUUUCGUUGACGUAUCCACCAAGUAUCCACGGCGAGCGUACUAAGCGGCGGCGGUAGCUCUGCUCCUCCGUGCUCUGCCUGUCACGAUCGAUUUUACGAUGCUAUCUCGCGAGAACGAUAACGCGCGUGAUAAGAGUUUGCUGCCGGGCAAGCACUGUACGUAGUCGACGUAGUCUUGAAAUCGUGAAGCGAUUUUCGCAUGCAGGGGGGUGUGCUAUUUACGUCACCGGCAUGAAUACGUGUGUUGCCUUGAAACGGUCCCGACGUUGAUAAAGUAGCGCUUUUUCUAUUUUUGUUUGUUAUUUGCGCGUACCACUCUGUACGCUUAACAAGUGGCGCAGGUGCCGACUUCCAUGGAACAGGGGCGUUUAUGAAACGUAUACGUUGCAUAUUCCGCGUGCGUAAACGUGGACAGGUUCCGCGGAAAGUUCACUAGUUGACUUUUCUUUCUACGUAGAAUGAAUGGAGCUGCAACAUGUCAUCAGGAACCAGACGACAUGGUUGGCGAGCAGGCCAGUCGAACAGACAGUGACUGUGUGGUGAAGGGCUCCCUGUACGGCGAGCAGCUGAGUCGGCACCAUCGUGGUAGCUUCGGUUGCAAGGAAGAUGCCAUGACCGGUAGACUGCCCUUCCACGGACCUUCGUCGCGGGAGGUGGAGCUGGCCAGUGUGCCAGUCCUCGAGAGGCGCGGUGGACUUUACAGCGGCGGAGCGCUAGUCGUGCUCGUCGUCUGGUACUUUUUCAGCUUCACCACGUUGGUGCUCAACAAGUGCAUCCUUUCGUACCAAUCUGGGGACCCUGUAGUUCUGGGCGCAGUGCAGAUGCUAUGCUGCUUCACCUGUGGCUACGUCCAGAUGCAGCUGACCACCAGACGAAAGCUGUCCCCCGAGAACUCUCCCAAGAUGCACAAUGUCGUCCUUGUUGGGUCGUUGCGAUUUAGCACGGUGUUCUUGGGCCUGGUGGCGUUAUGGUACGUGCCAGUGUCAUUUGCAGAAACGGUGAAGAGCUCGGCGCCCGUGUUCACGGUGGUCAUCUCGCGGCUAGUGCUGGGCGAAAUGACCACCUGGCUGGUCAAUAUGAGCCUCUUCCCGGUCAUGGGAGGCCUGGCCCUGUGCAGCGCGAACGAGCUGAGCUUCAACCUGCCAGGCUUCAUUGCGUCUCUCUCUACUAAUCUCUCGGAAUGCUUUCAGAACGUCUUCUCCAAGCGGCUGCUCACCGACGAGAAGGUCAAGCUUCUACCCGUGGAGCUUCAGUGCUACACUAGCCUAAGCUCGGUGUUCAUCCUGGUGCCCACCAUGUUGGCCCUGGUGGACUUUGGCAAAGUGUGGGAGACCUGGUCAUGGAAUAUGGCAGGCAUGCUGCUGCUGGGGGGACUGUCAUUCCACUGCCAAAGUUUCACGGAGUACAUUCUGCUGGGCUACAUCUCACCUGUCACCCACAGCGUGGCAAACACAGUCAAGCGGGCGCUCAUGAUCUGGCUCUCCGUCCUGGUCUUCGGCAACCAAGUCACAUUCCUCAGCGGUCUAGGGACGCUCAUUGUCAUAGCUGGCGUGUUCCUGUACAACCACGCACGCAACAUUGCCGCGACUCUGUACCAAUACGAUGUAACGCUCAGUACCGUCAAAGUUACUGACCAUGAUGUUUGAUAGGUUUAGGCGUUCAGAAACAAGACUUUGAUUCACCAGUCUUGAAAACAUGCUAGAGGCCGAUCUUUUCAGUCAUUGGCUGCUGUUCGUAGAAACAUUGCGACAUUAUUUAACAUAUUUAUUGCACGGUAUAUUGCAAAGAUGCUAGAUUAAAAAUGACAACUUUAUUUCAAGAUUGCCGACACAA